GCGAAUGCAAUGUCUCGUCUUCCCAUCUUUCGAUCCUCUCCACUCUCUUUAUUCAAUUCACCUUUUUCUCUUUCAGGCAUUUCGUCAAACACCUCCUCUCUGCAUCUCUUCUGCCAUUAUUCCCUUUUACAGUUUUCACCAUCGAAUCUUCCCUUCCCCCCACACUCUUCCCGCCAUAUUCAUAUCCCUACACAACCCACUUCCCUCUCAUCUUACUGCAUCAUAAGUUGCUACAAUUUUCUCUUUGUUGUUGCUUUUAUCUGAAUCAUGAUUUACUAAAUCCUCUUUUUGUUUGAUUGUUUGGGUAAUGGGGUUACCUUUUUAAAAGAGAAAUCUUCAGUUCAAAGGUAAUCUUGAACUUCAAUUAGGGUGAAAUUGAUAACCAUUUAGUGGGUGUGUGUUAUAGAUCAAUGCCAACGUAUUUUCCCCUCAGAUGGGAGAGCACAGGGGACCAAUGGUGGUUCGCCUCUCCGAUCGACUGGGCAGCGGCCAACGGGCACUACGAUUUGGUCCGGGAGCUUCUUCGCAUGGACGGCAACCAUUUAAUCAAACUGACAUCUCUUCGGCGUAUACGCCGCCUCGAGGUUGUCUGGGAUGAUGAAGAACAGUUUGAAUGCGUCGCCAAAAACCGAUCUUUUGUAGCCCGGAGGCUGCUACACGAGGGCGAAUGCAGAAGAGGGAAAAGCUCGUUAAUCGGAUCUGGGUAUGGAGGGUGGCUUUUGUACACUGCUGCUUCUGCUGGUGACUUGCAUUUUGUUCAAGAAUUGCUGCAGAAAGACCCGCUUUUGGUUUUCGGAGAAGGGGAGUAUGGUGUGACUGAUAUACUUUACGCUGCUGCUAGGAGCAAGAACUGUGAGGUUUUUUGGGUUAUUUACGAUUUCGCUAUGUCACCGCGGUUUAUGUCUGGUAAUGGCAGAGAGUCAGAGGAACAUAUUGGGGAGAUUCCGUUCGGUUACAAGCAGGAAAUGAAGAACAGAGCGGUUCACGCAUUGGCACGAGGUGGUAAUUUGAAGAUAUUAAAAGAGCUUCUUAGUGAUUGCUCUGUCGAAGAUGUUUUAGCUUAUCGAGAUGUUCAGUGUUCGACGAUCUUACACACAGCAGCUGCGCGCGGACAGGUUGAGGUGGUUAAAGAUCUUAUUUCGUUGUUCGGAAUGAUAAACUCGACGGACAAACAAGGCAACACGGCUUUACAUAUAGCGGCUUACAGAGGGCAGUUAUCGACGGUUGAAGUUUUGAUUCAAGCGUGUCCGGAGUCUAUCCAUUCAAGAAACAAUGCGGGAGAGACGUUUUUGCAUAAGGCGGUAACGGGUUUUCAAGCGCCUACUUUUCGGAGACUUGACCGCCAGAUUGUUCUCAUGAAACAGUUAGUCUGCUCGAAAUCGUUUAAAAUCGAAGAAACGAUUAAUGCUACAGAUAAUGAAGGAAGAACCCCUCUUCAUUUAGCCAUUAGUGGGAACUUACACAGCGACUUGGUGGAACUGCUCAUGAUUGCGGGUUCACUCGAUGUGAAUAUCCGUGAUAACAACGGUAUGGCUCCGCUUGAUCUUCUUAAGCAACGGCCAGGAUCGGCUUCGUCGGAGCUACUCACUAGACAACUAAUCUCAGCGGGGGCAACUCUCAGUAGCCAAGAUUACACAGCAAGAAAGCUUUUUGCUUCUAGGUUGAGAAUGGGCGGCAAUGGUGGCGGCGGCGGUGGCGGUACUAGUCCCGGAACUUCCUUCAAACUGUCGGAUUCAGAAGUGUUUUUGUAUACCGGGAUGGAUAGUGCUACCUCUACUGCUUAUGGUACACCGACUUUUAGUAUGCAUUCUCCAGGGCUGAGUCAACUCGACUCGAGUUCAAACUCAAACUCGAAUGUAGAACCCAAGACUGUUAAAAAGAAUAAGCAGAAGGGCAUACAACGGUUUCUUCGGUGGAUUAGAGCGAUAAAGAAAGGAAAACAAGGUUCGGUUUCUACACAAAACUUUAAAGAAAUCCCCGUUCCAUUGAGACAGCAAUACUCGAACGCAUCAUCACUUCCAAACAACAAAAGAACACUUGCUGCAAGGAGUAAUCUUCCCAGUCCAACUGUCAAAAAGAAACUUGCUUCUGGAUUGGUUAAUGGUGUUAUGCAGGCAAUGCCACAUUUAACCCGAGGGUCACGGUCUCACUCAUUUUCGAAGUCGUCGUUAUCUUCAGAUAAUUCGUUGGAUAAUAAACAAAAGGGUAUCGACGUUGUGGGUUCAUCGAACUCAAAUCAUAUGUUUGAUGACGGAGUUGAUGAAGAACAAGGGGUGGUGAAUAGCAGGCCAUCGGUGAACCAGUGGCUGUGUUUUGGUGGCCCCGGGAUACCUACUGAAGGUUCGGGUGGUGAUCAACAGCGGCAUGAGAUCUUUGAUCGUUCGACAGCUGAAAUGAUUGGUAUUUGAUUUGGUUAAUCUUGUAGUUGGUGGUCUGUCGAACCUCUACUUGUUUGUCUAAAUAUGUGAUGUUAGUUGUGAAAUUGUCUUUGAAUAUUGACUUGUUAACAAACAAACAAGUGUUUGGUAAAAUUAUAAGCAGCAUCUUUUUGACAGCA